UUCUAAGUGAAUCGAUUUUUUUUAUUUUUUUACAAUGUCUAAUAUAUAAUAAAGGCACGGAAAUUAUUUGUAAUGCAGGAUUGGAGAAAUAUUGUAGGAAUUGAAUAAAUUUCUGCCGAUCUUAUUGAAGCGUGAUGGCAUUUGCAAUUUUUUCUCACGUUUCCAAUUGCAUAAAGUGGCGUCCUGUUCAGAGACUUGACUACAAACGACCACUACAGGUUCUCUCUGCAUUGAAUGAUCGUUGCAUUAAUUGUAGUCAGAGUAACAUUGAUGAGAAAAGUAAUAGAACGAAAUAUAUGAACAACAAAUCAGACUUUUGUGUUGUGGGCUGUAAUUAUCAAAAUAUUCGCGAUUUCCACAGUGAAAAUAGAUCGUAUACAAAGAAUACAACUCGACCGAGACUAGAAGAUCUAGAUCGCGCAUAUAACGUUCUCCAGGAAACUUUGCCCAAAUUAUUUGUAGAACCUCUUGACUAUUCAAUCUACAGCCCUAAUUUAAUAUUUGAAAAUAACAUUACUGGAAAACAAACAAUUGGAUUGUAUCACUAUGUAAAACAAAUUGCCCUUCUACGGACGGUAGGCCAUCUGAAAUAUGCAUACGUCAAAUUUGAAGUUCUUAAAAUUACAAAACAUACUGAAGACUUUACAGUAAAAAUUCGGUGGCGGGUUCGAGGAAUAUCUGGACUAAAAGUUAUGUUUUCAUUUUGGAAAUAUAAACUUUGGCAAAUGAAGGAAAUUUUUGAGGAGCAGGAAGCAUGGUAUGAUGGAUUUUCAAUUUGUUAUUUGGCGCCUGAUGGACUUAUACACAAACACGUAGUAGAUAGAGUAAUGCCAGACGACAAUAAGCAAACAAUAGAACCAAAUUCUGGAACAACAGCUUUACCUGCAGACUCCGUUGUCGCUUCAUCGCCGAAACUGUAAAUAAAGUUAAAUAGAAAUGAUGGCACGCAUGUAUUUAUUUGAUGCUAUUAUCUAAAAGUAAAUGAUGAAUUAACUUUAGUUAUCAAUAACUUAAUAUAAUAAUGUAUACAUUUGUUAGCGUAUACAUUUUGUAAGGCACAUUUUCAAUGAUAAAUCGAAAUACAAUUUAACCUUUGUAUAAAUAAAUGCCGGAAUCUAA